AUAAUCAAAUACCCUUGACUAUCGUUUGGGGAGAGUCGAAUUGUCAACUAUGUUGAGGUUAUGUUCGUUUGACGUUUAAUUGUUUACGAUUUGCAUUUUACCCAAAAUAAUGGCAAAAUCUUUGAAAUUAGGAAAAAGAAAUUUUAAUAACCUUUGCAGAACAUGCUUAAGUGAUAAAGGCCACUUGCGAGAAAUAUUUUCGACGAAGAUACCGAAAAUGAUUGAAAGCUUUACAUCAAUAAAGAUAUCUGAAGACGACAAUCUUCCAAAAAGAAUUUGUGUAUCUUGUUUUCAUCUCAUUGCUAAGUUGUAUACUCUAAAGAAAAAAAUUGAACAUAGUGAUAAAAUAUUACGAAACUCAUUGAAACAGAAAACAAAGCAAUGUGAUAUUUUGAAUAUGGCUUUAAACGACGCUCAAAUCGAAGAAAUUAUAGAAAUGAAAAUGGAACAAUGCAAUGAAGAUACUGCUUCAGAAAAGAAACCUUUACAGCAAGGAAAAACUGAAAGUAAUCCAUCGAAUGACUGUGGGGUUCGUGAAAUGCAGUUGUCAGAUACAGAAAUAAUAAAAGUACAACAAAUACAUCAAAACAACAUAUGUGACAUUUUCACUGCAGAACCUCCACCUUUGAUACCUUUGGAGUCUGUUAAUAAAACUGGAGAAACCAAUACAAUACUAGAACUUCCCAAAGAUACUCCUCCACUAAUUCCAAUUAAACCUAUUCUGGAUGUCAGUACUGUUUUAACCAAUGUUAUUGACCCUAAUCCUCUAAAAUUGCAGUGCAAUAAUUGCAUGCAAUUAUUUGACAACCUAUCAGAAUUGAAAGAGCACAAGUCUAAGGUUUGUCAACAAAAUUCGUUGCAGUGCAAUAUCUGUAGAAAAGAGUUCAAAGAAUCAAAAAAAUUAAUAGGUCAUUUAAAGGGUCACAUGGUUGUGAAAGAUUACAAAUGCAAACUUUGUGGCAAGUGUUAUCCAAACAAUAGUACUUUCCAGGUACACAUGAGAUCACACACUGGUGAAAAACCAUUUAAAUGUGAGAAAUGUAAUAAGGGAUUUGUGAGAUGGGGUGGAGUUCUAGGCCACAUGAAAACACAUGAAGCCCACAAGCCCUACAAGUGUGAAACCUGUGGAAAAACGUUUAAAAUCUCCUCAAAUUUAGAAAGACACAAAGUCUUGCAUAUGGAUAUUUUACCCUACUGUUGCAGUUAUUGUGGGAAGACUUUCAGUCAGUCAGAUAAUUUACUUCUGCAUAUACGCAGUUACCACACAAAAGAGCGGCCUUAUUUAUGUAACGUAUGCGGUAAGGGUUUUGUAAGUUCAAGUCGUCUGACAAGACAUAUGUGGGUACAUACUGGUUUUAAACCAUACCAGUGUCAGCAUUGUACAAAGGCAUAUUCCAAUUUGAACGACUUACGAAGUCAUAUCAGGCUUCAUGUAGGUACCACAGGUCAGCAAAAGGAGGACAGGCCUUACGUUUGUACUUAUCCAUCUUGUAAAAUGAGAUUUUACCAUGCUUGCAGAUUGGCGCGACAUUUAAAGAUACAUGAAAAGGCAUAUACAUGUCCAGAUUGUCAUAAGAGAUUUAGUACUUUGGAUAUUUUAAACAAACAUGUAAAAAAUAAGCAUGUGAAAGAUGUUGAAUAUCUUGAGGAAGUGAUUGUAGAUAGAGAAGAGGGUAAUAAUAUUUUUGUAAAUUAUGAAUAACAAUUUCAUUAUGUUUCAAUAGUAUCGUUAAACGUUUUCCUUAAUAUCACGAUUGUGUUGAUUUAUUAAAUGAUCUGAUUAAAUGCAAAUGUCAGAGUUUAAUUAAUAUUAGCAAGUAAUAAAUUAAACAUAUAUUUUAAUUAUUGUUUUGAAAAAAUAAUCGUUCACAUCUUUGUUCUGAUUGUUUCCGACUUAUUUAUGUUUUUUCUCUUAUAGUAGGGAUAUACACUUUACAUUCCACUUUAAUAAAGUUUUCAUAUCUGAA